UCUAAUGAAUCACCACAGUGAGUGCAUGUAGUUCAGACAGCGACGGGACUGUCAGCAGAUGUGCAGAGAAGCCUGCCAUAGCCCCACCUGUGUUUGUGUUCCAGGAAGAUAAAGCACAGAAGAGAUCAGCAGAAGGGUCCAGUGCUGAGGAUGGAGAAGACUCUGAUAAAGAUGAGAGUAGUUACUGUCCCCCGGCCAAGAGAGAAAGAACAUCAUCACUAACACAGUUCCCACCCGCACAUUCAGUUUCUAAGAACAAUGUGUUCAUGCCACCCAGUUUCUGUCAGUCCCCGUCAGGAAAUAAUUCAGAUUCAGAACCCGAGGAGAAGACUGUUGGGUUUCGCUUGAAGCCUCCCACCCUGAUCCAUGGACAGGCUCCUCGUACAGGUGUCCCGAGCCAGAAGCCCAAGGAGCAGCAGCGCAGCGUACUACGACCCGCAGUACUGCAGGCCCCUCCACCUAGCAAAUCACUAACCCUGACCGGGUUGAACAGUGGUACGAAUGGAGUGAACAGAUCGUCCGAGGGUCUGCCAGUCACCCAGAACAACACAGAGAACUGUGAUGGCUCCACAGACAAUAUGGCCAAGUCACAGGUUGAGGGAACCAGUGAAAAGAAAGUCUCUCUGUCAGCAGAAUCAGGGGAAACCAAUUAUUUCCUGCAGUACAGAAGCACUCCUGGCUUACAGAAGGCUGAGAACAACACUGACGACGGGGCUAAGUUUGUGUUUGGACAGAACAUGUCGGAUCGUGUCCUGAGUCCGCUGAAAUGUGAGCAGGCAGCAGAGAGCAGCAGAGAUCCCCCUGCCACCCCGCCAUGUGAGCCACCCUCUCUGGUCAGCAGCCCCGACAAAGAUGCCAAUGUGACAGAGUCUUUGGAGGAGUCGGCAGCGGCCUACACCAAAGCCACAGCCAAGAAGUGCUUGUUAGAGAAGGUAGAGGUCAGAACUGGAGAGGAGUCUGAGAGUAAUGUACUACAGGUCCAAUGCAAGUUGUUUGUGUUUGACAAAGCAUCCCAGUCUUGGGUGGAGAGAGGCAGAGGACUACUGAGGCUUAAUGAUAUGGCCUCCACAGAGGAGGGAUCGUUACAGUCCAGGCUAGUGAUGAGGACCCAGGGCAGUUUGCGUCUGAUCCUCAACACCAAGCUGUGGCCCCAAAUGCAGACGGACAAGGCCAGCGAGAAGAGCGUCCGCAUCACAGCCAUGGACACUGAGGACCAGGGGGUCAAGGUCUUCCUCAUAUCGGCAAGCUCUAAGGACACGGGUCAGCUGUACGCAGCGCUGCAUCACCGUAUCCUGGCACUGCGGAGCCGCUCAGACCAGGAGCCAGAGCCCCGGGUCCCCAUUCCAGAUGGCCACAUCCCUCACCCCCAGUCUAACGAGGAGGAUAGUGAUGAGGAUGAAUCGCUCACACCCACUGCCAACAUCGCAGAGGGUCCAGAGGUCCAGGCCAGCGGGAGUGGGUCCUCAUAGCGCCUGCCCCCCUCCACACGCUGCAGUCAGGAACCCUACAGGCACCUCAGUCCAGCAUUUCCCCAAUGGUCAGAGGUCACAGUGGAGUACGAGGAAGGAUCCUAUGCAGGUGCUACUAACUUAACUCUGUGCAGUUCAGUCUCUCUGCAUUCACAGUAUAUCCAGGAUGGAUGGUCUUUUUGUUUGUUUUUUUAUUUUUGUUUUUUUAACCUAUAGAACUGAAAAAUAUAUAUUUUUUGGAGUUUGAAUUGUCGCUCAUCAUAUUGAUGAGUGAGACGUUGCAAGACGGAAUGAGAAAGCAGUUUUCUUCUCUCGCCGAUGUAAGUACAUUCUAAAGAGCUUGCCGUUAAAAGUGGGACCUCUUUAUCCACCUUGCAAGAAAACAGACCUCAGGCACUUCAAAUCCAGUGGGGCUUGUAUUUUGUUCAGAGAGGUAAAGAUCUAGUUGCCUAGCAAAUAAUUGUUUAUAAAGUCUUCUUUUUAUUUCACUGAGUUGUGUCUGAACUCUCCAAGUUUUAUUUUGUAUUUUAAGUCCGUCGAUACCGCCUUUGGCCACUUAGUUUUUUAGUCUGUAGUCAACAUUAGAAAUUAUUUUUGACCACAAAUCAUUGAAAUAGAAGCCAUUGUGCAAACACCUGCUUUGACGUAAAUUAUUUAAAGAAUUCCAUUUAAUAAUGGAGUUGACCUGUGUUCAUUAUUAUGAUGAUUAUUAUUAUUGAUAGUUGAUAUAUCGACUUUGAUUUUGAAGUUCAUUCGAAAAUGAACCCAUUUUUCAAAUAAGCUAGUUGGAUUUGAUAGUUUUACAGCAGGUUUUUUUCCAUGACCCCAACAUUUUCCCUAAAUAUAGAUGGUAGAUGUGUUUGUUUCAAAAAGAUAAAACAUUUUUAGAUGGAUCUGAAAAGAAAUCAUCUUCCCAAAUAUAUAUUGAAUAAACCAAUUUUAUUAGUUGUUUACAAUUGUUUAUUUAGUUUGCUUUAAAUAAGUUACACAGACAUUGUUUAUAACAACCUUGAUCAUUGCGAACAUAUUUUUCCUAUGUUUUUUUCACACCAUGAGAAAGGUCAAUAUAUUAACUUCUAGGUUUGGGUGUUGGCAGUUGGAUUCUCCGAACAUGUCGUUAUUUGCAUCAAUCCUAAAUGGGUUUGACCUCAAAACCCUACAGAAUGCACAUAUACUCUCAGAACAACUAAUGCUGCCAUUUUAAUUCAAAGAGCUAUAGGCAUUGGAACAGGUGGUUCUACACGCACAUGAUUGGAAGACUACAAGUACAUUGUUUCUCACCAAUCGUCUGGUGCUGAGCCCUCUUUAUUCCACUGUUCAUCGGUGGCUUUGGUUUGGUGUAUUUAAAACGGAUCCCCUAUGAGAAUAGAUGACUGCAGUUAUAUUUCCUUCAGUGAAGUGUGGCGCCUCUUGUUUUAAGCCUUUCUUCUUCAUAUCAGUGGAAUUAGUCAUAUCUCGAAACUGUUGUAUUAUAGUGUGAUCCUUUUUCAUGUACUACAAGCCUUUCAUGUGAAAAUAUGUAUUUUUAACACAAAAAAAAGCACACUAAGAAAACUGGGGGGGAAAAAACAAAAAAACAGGCAAGUAGAAAUGUUUGUGGUUAAAAUGUAUAUAUCCCGUAAUGUAUAUUAUUGAGCAGCCUUUAAGUGUAAAAAAAAAAAAAAAAAAAAGAGAGGAUGCCCCUCUUUAUUUUGCACUCUUCUUCACCGUUGUCUGUAGAAACCUCACCAUGUAGUGUGCUCUGUAUGUUUGUGUUCUCUCCAUUCUUCACAUUCUGCUUAUGUAGCAACAAACAUAGGACUAUUCCUCCGGACAUGGGGCUCAGACAUGAAUGUAUGGCACCUUGGGACUGAAUAAAGAGCCAGGGGCCGACGUUCUUCAGCACUUUUCCUUCUCUGUUAUAUUUCUCCCAUCAAUAUGAAUUUUUAAAUGUUCGUAAAUGCAAAUGAACUUGGACUGUCCAUUAAUAAAAUGGCAAAAGGUG